AUGUCCGAGCCAGCACCAGCACCAGCACCAGCAGCUGCUGCGGUGCCGUCGAAACCACCACCGACGACAACGAGCUCCAAGCAGCAGCACCAGCAGCACCAGCCCAGUCCAGCCAUCCCCGUCGGCCUCAACGAAGCUGGACUCGACUCGCCCACAUUUCGCGCCACGGCCGCUCACUUCUCCGACCAGGUGGAGGCCAUUGAACGAUGGCUUGACGACUACACAAAAGCAUCCUCCAAGGUGGCACGCGAGAUCCUCGCCCUCGAAGACAACAUCAACCUCUGCCUCGCCAAGAGCUUCCCGCCCGCCGCCGCCGUCGACGGCGUCAUCGACAACGACUACACGCUGCUCGCCCUGCGACGGUCGAGCGAUGGCAUCCGCGCCUGGUGGUCCCAGGUCAUCUCGACCAUGCGCAGGAUGGACGGCAUCAACGUCGACCCCAUCCGCGCCUUCCUGACAGGCGAGCUGCGGUCCUUCAAGGAGACGCGCCGCGCCCUCGACAGCGCCCAGCGACAGUUUGACCAGAUGCUCGCGCGCUACGUCGCCCAGCCCAAGACCAAGGAGCCCUCGUCGCUGCGCGAGGACGCCUUUGCCGUGUACGAGGCCCGCAAGAUCUACCUCGCCGCCUCGAUGGACUUUUGCCAGAUGGCGCCCCACCUGCGCUUCUCCCUCGACAAGCUGCUCGUGCGCGUGAGCGCCGACAUGUGGAAGGAGCUGACGCGCGCCCACGAGUCGGUCAUGGACGUCAUGCGCUGGGGCACCGAGAUGGACCGCAUCCGCGGCUGGUCCAGGGAGAUGGACGCCACCGAGUCCGUCUUCCGCCGCGAGCUCAUGCGCCUCCGCAGGGACAUCAGCCACGCCGCCAAGGAGGCCACCAAGCCGUCGCGCGAGCUCGACGACUACAGCGCCUCGACCGUGCCCUACCUCGGCAGCCGCGGGCCCGUCAGCGUCCAGACCCAGGACCGGGCCGCCGUCAUCUCCGAGAAGCAGGGCUGGCUCUUCCUGCGCAGCGUCUACGGCAAGCCCGCCCGCACCACCUGGGUGCGCCGCUGGUACUACUGCCGCGACGGCAUCUUCGGCUGGCUCAUCCAGGGCCCCCAGGGCGUCCUCCAGGGCGACGAGAUUGGCGUCCUCCUGUGCAGCGCCAAGCCGGCCGUGGCCGAGGACCGCCGCUUCUGCUUCGAGAUCAAGACCAAGAGCCAGACCAUGGUCCUGCAGGCCGAGACCCAGGCCGAGCUCACCGAGUGGCUCGAGGUGUUCGACGUGGCCAAGAGGAAGGCCUUUGACGCGAGCAUGGGCCGUGACAGCACGCCUCUGCCCUCUGGCCUCGACCCGGCCUUUCACAUCACGCCGCCGCCCGUUCCCGAAUUCUCGGCCAAGUCCCUUGACGCCCAGCUCGCCGGCGACGAACUGCCCGCUGCCGCCCUCGACAGGGCAGGCACCCUACCCGUGCCCGGGCCCGACGGAACCCUGACGAGCCGCGCCAGCUUUGACAUCAACGCCGCUGGCGGGUCGCGCCGCUCCAUCACGGCCCUGGGCCGCGAUCUGGGCCGCGAGAUGAUGAUCCGCGAAGAGGGCGAGUCGAGCCGGGAACAUGCGGCAAGGCUCAUCCAGAAGCUUGAUCUCCACCGCAAGGGCACCUUUGGCAGCGAGCUCGACGCGCGUGGGCACGGAGCUGGCGCGCAGGGCGGCGGCGGCGUGGUGGCGGCGAGCCCCGCGUUUGCCCCUCGGGAGCUCCUCCAGGGCCGCCUGGCGCCCGCUACGCUGGCCAAGGCGCCGGUGCUGACGGCUCUCAGUCGCACGGCUGUUGUCGUCACGGGCGACAAAGACCUCGCGCUGGAUGCGGCCAGUCAUCUGCCGGCCGCCGUCAUGGCAAACUACUGGGGCAGCAAUCCUUGGGGCACGGUCUACGGCACGGGCCACGGCAGCCCCAGGACGCCCGGGCAGAUGGACGAGAACCCAUUCGGCCUCGUGGUCACCGAGGUCGGCAAGGCCGGCGAGGAAAAGCCAGCGCCUCCGGUCGGCGCACAUCGGAAGACUGUCAGCGUCGACACGACGAGGGACGUGCAAAAGACAGCCCAGCCUAGACAGCAGGUCGAGACGUUCCCGCCGGGCUACCCGCAGGAUCUGCGCGCGCAGCACCCCCAGUUUCGACUCCUCUUCCCCGCCGUGCCGCUCGACGAGAAGCUCGUGCUCGUCUUCAGCGCGGCGUGGACCAGCUCGACGGGCAAGGAAGACACGGCGCCGCAGGGCGAGGGCAUUGCGGGCAACGGACGCAUCUUUGUCACGUCGGACAAUUUGUACUUUUACGGCGAGCAGCUCGGUCUCGUUAUCGCAUACACCAUGAGCCUCGACAUGAUCACAGAAGUGACGGCGGCACCAGGCAAGGAGUGCGACUACAUUUACCUCCACCUCGGCGACGAGUCCAACGACACUGGCUAUUCACGCAUCACGAUCAAGAUUUUCUUGGAGAACCUUGUCCUGCUCCACGCACGUCUCAACCUCCUCGUGGACGACCUCCAAGCCGAAGAGCCCAUGGCGCUGCAAGAGCUCGUCACGGCGCUCAUCGGACUCGAGCACGACACGACGCAACGGCGGCCCAGCGUCGACAGCUGGGAGGAGAUCCCGUCCAGCACACCGUACGACGACGGCACGACGGCGGGGCGGCCGGCGCGGCGCGGCAGCCACGCGCCGGUGCCACGGCUCCACGUCAGCCACGUCAGCCAUGUCAGCCAUGUCAGCCACGCGCACCUGCGGCCGGCGCCCAAGUUCCAGAUGCCGACGCACGCGGUCGUGUUCGAGCCGGACGACAUGCAGCACAAGGUGGCGGAGCGGCACUUUGAGCUCAGCGCCAAGGCGUGCUUCCACGUGCUCUUUGGCGACAAGAGCUUCGUGUUCCCCAAGCUCUACUUUGAGCGGCGGGCGCAGCGGAUCGCGCAGGGCCCGUGGGCGCUGGGCGACCAGGGGCGGCUGCGGCGCGACUUUACGUUCAAGGUCGACUACGCCGACAUGCUGGGACGGUCGCGGUCGGCCGACUUCGUCGACCACCAGGUCAUUGACGUGUUCCAGGACCACGUCACGUACGUCGUCACGCACGUCAAGACGGCGUGGCACCUGCCGCACUCGCAGCACCUCAAGCUCGUCGUCAAGAUUGUCAUUACGCACGUGGCCAAGUCCAAGUGCAAGCUGGCGGUGUACACGCGCGUCGACUGGUCCAAGACGCCGGCCUUCUCGAAGCGGCUCGUCGAGCGGCAGGCGCUCGACGACGCCGACGGCGACGCCGAGGACCUCGCCGAGGUGGCGACGGACCAGGUGCGCAAGCUGGGGUCGCACAGCCGCACGAAGCGGGCGAUCCAGGUGUACGGCCACAUUGGGCAGCAGACGCAGGUCGUCGUCUUCUCGCCGGCGGAGAAGGACGCGGCCGCUGCCGGGGGCGGCGGCGGCGGCGGCGCGCGCAGGCAGGUCAUCAAGCAGCGCACGCUGACGGCCAUGCUGCUCGAGACGGUGCGGUCGUUUGGCGAGAGCGCCGUGACGUCGGUCAUCAUGUGGGCGAUUGCCGGCGUGCGCACCGUCUUCUCGGUCGUCACGGCGCACCGGCUGCUGCUGCUGCUGCUGCUGGGGCUCAGCGCGCUGACCAACGUCAUCUGGGCGUCCAAGGAGAACUCGGGCUGGUGGUCGGAGCGGCGGGCGGUGCGGUUCAUGAAGAAUGUGGGCGUCGGGCCCAACGUCGUCAUGAGCAAGGCCAUCUACAUGGCGGACCUCGGCGAGGCGUCGGGGGCGGCACGGAACGGUAGCUCGCCGGAGAGUGCUUGCUUCUCGGCGUUCCAGCGCGUGACCAACGCGACGGACCUCGACGCGCCGUUCGAGGGCGCCGGGUCGACGCUGACGUCGGCGUCGAGCCGGGCGACGGCGCGGCGCAUCCGGCGCACGCGGCAGCGGCUGGGGUCGUACCGGCACGAGCUGCUCGUGGCGAUGCGCGUCGUCAACAGCAUCGAGCGCGAGAUGGUGCAGUCCGAGUGGGAGAACUGGCUGGCGGACGAGACGACGCGGUGCGACCAGCUGCGGACGGUGCUCGCCGAGGAGGCGGUCAGGACGAAGCGCGGGGGCGAGACGAAGCGCGGGGGCGAGCAAAAGGUGCUGCCGCCGGUGGAGGGCGAGGCGCGCCAGGCGACGCUGCGCGCGUGGCACGAUGCGUACUGCGGCAGCUGCCGGGUCGAGCAGCGGGCGCUCGCGCAGGGGCGUGAUCCUGUGACGGGGCUGUAG